AUGCAAAGCAGAAGGAAGAAUCAGAGUAAAUUACCUAUAGGGGAUCCACGGGGAGCUGAGGGGAAUAUCUACCUGCAGUAUCUGGCCUGGGUUUCUUAUCCCAUUAUCUUCAUCCUCUUUGCCUCCCUCUUCUGUCACCUGGUUUCCCCUCAAGCGAUCGGUUCUGGUAUCCCCGAGCUGAAGACCAUCCUGAGAGGAGUGGUGUUGAAGGAAUAUCUGACUCUGAAGGCUUUUAUCGCUAAAGUCAUCGGUCUGACUGCCGCUCUGGGCAGCGGUAUGCCCGUCGGAAAGGAGGGUCCGUUUGUGCACAUUGCCAGCAUCUGUGCUGCCGUCAUCAGCAGGUUCAUGUCCUUCUUCUCUGGAGUGUAUCAGAAUCCGUACUGUUACACUGACAUACUGACAGUUGGCUGUGCCGUUGGGGUCGGCUGCUGCUUCGGGACACCUCUAGGAGGAGUGCUCUUCAGCAUUGAGGUGACAUCCACUUACUUCGCGGUGAGGAACUACUGGAGAGGAUACUUUGCAGCGACGUUUAGCGCCUUCAUAUUCAGAGUUUUAUCCGUCUUCAACAAAGAUGCAGUCACCAUCACGGCUCUGUUCAGGACAAACUUUCGCCUAGAUUUCCCCUUUGACCUCCAGGAGCUGCCAGCAUUCGCCAUCAUCGGGAUCUGUUCUGGCUUCCUGGGAGCGUUCUUCGUCUAUCUCAACAGGCAGGUGGUGCUGUUCAUGAGACGGCCCAACGCCAUGACGCGCUUCCUGAUCAAACACCGACUUGUGUUUCCUGCCGUUGUAACGCUCAUCAUCUCCACUUUGACCUUCCCGCCAGGGUUCGGACAGUUCAUGGCAGGAGAGCUGAUGCCUCGUGACAGCAUAAACUCUCUGUUUGACAACUUAACAUGGACCAAGAUCUCAUUCUCCUCUCCGCCCCCUGACCUGGGACGCUCCACCGCCUGGUUGCACCCUGACGUCAGCGUCUUCAUCAUCCUGCUGCUCUUCUUCCUCAUGAAGUUUUGGCUGUCGGCCGUGGCGACCACCAUGCCCAUUCCCUCAGGAGCCUUCAUGCCUGUUUUUGUACUGGGAGCUGCGUUCGGCCGGCUGGGUGAAAUCAUGGCCACACUUUUCCCACACGGCAGGUUUGACGGCAUCCUUUAUCGCAUCAUCCCCGGAGGGUACGCUGUGAUUGGGGCGGCAGCGCUGACCGGGGCGGUGACUCACACCGUCUCCACGGCGGUGAUCUGCUUUGAGCUGACCGGUCAGAUCUCCCACGUCCUUCCCAUGAUGGUGGCAGUAAUCCUGGCCAACAUGGUGGCACAGGGCCUCCAGCCGUCGCUGUACGACUCCAUCAUCCAGGUCAAGAAGCUGCCGUACCUGCCCGAACUUGGCUUUGGACACACGAGUCAGUACAACAUCUUUGUGGAAGACAUCAUGGUGAAGAAGGUCAAGUUCAUAUCGUCUCAGUCCACCUACAGAGAGGUCAAACAUCUGUUGGACUCCACCUCCCUGAAGACGAUCCCACUGGUUGACUCAAAAGAUUCUAUGAUCCUAUUGGGCAGCGUUGAAAGGUUGGAACUCCUGGCUCUCUGUGAUUGGUGGUUGUCUCCACAGAGACGGAGCCUGAUGCAAAACCAGAGUUCCAAACACAGCUGGGAGUCCUUCGCCUUUGUGGACGAGGGGGAAGGGGAGGACGAACAGAAGGUCAACCCGCUGCCUGAGGAGAGGAAUGGACCUUUACCCUCUCCGAAACCUCAGGAGCCCAAAACCACGGCUCCUGGUCCCGAAAUUGGUCCUCUGCAGUCGCUGAGGAAGACGCUGAGGAACGUCUUCAGUUCCAAACACAGGCAGACACAGCGACAGUCUCAGGAUCCCUGCCCUCCUUCACUGUCAGACACAAUGACACCAGACGAGGUCAAAGAGUGGGAAGAGGCCGAGAUGGAUGAGCCAAUGGAAAUAGAUGAAAUACGAAUAGACCCCUCCCCUUUCCAGCUGGUAGAGAGAACGUCGUUACACAAGACCCACACACUGUUUUCGCUGCUGGGCCUGAGCCAUGCUUAUGUGACCAGUAUCGGCAAACUGGUGGGUGUCGUGGCACUGAAAGAGCUCCAGAAGGCCAUUGAGGGUUCCACCCACUCCGGCAUCCGGCUCCGCCCUCCUCUGGCCAGCUUCCGUGACAUCAGCAACCACAACUCUGUCUCUAAGCCACCGCCUUCUUCUGCUCCUUCCUCUUCCUCUUCCACCACCACCUACCCUCCCUCUGCUCCUGCGGCUCCUCAGCCUUCCUCCUCCCCACACUGCCACCACCAUCAUCUUCAUCAUCAUCAUAAUGAGGCGGAGGUGUGGUUCGAGGAUCUGACGCAGGAGGAGAGCUCUAGCAGUACUAGCAGCACAGGUCCGGCAAGCAGGAGCUGCAGCCAUGACAGCAGCAACCUCUACCUCACUCCGCCCCCUGUGCCGCCUUCUCCUCCCCCUUCCCCAUCCAUCCCGCUGUCCACCCUAAUGGGACUCCUGGAUCAGGAGGACAACAGUGACGAUGAGCUGAUGGUUUAGGUCACACGAGUGUUUGUUGUUUUUGUGUUGGAAUUUUUUUUUUAAUAGUGUAACUUUUUUGUUUCUUCUUGGCCACGCCCCCUUCCCUUCAAAGCCCCUCAUUCAGGAUCUGGGACAAAGAUCUCAAACAGCACAUUUGAAUCCUCCCUGAUUCUCCUGAUAUGCUGCUAC